AUGCAUCUAUAUUUAACCUCGUUCGAGCCCUCGAAUAGCAGCUAUUGCAACCAGGAAGGAGACGUGCUCUUCAAAUCAAUAUGCGUUCCGAAAGCCAGCAAAAGGACAACUGUCAUAUGGCGCGCUCUACCCAGUCCAAGAUAUACACCUCAUGAUAUUCUCUGGAAAGAAAAGCACUUCGUAAACAGGAGGUUGUCGACGAACAGCUCAAAUAACAUCGUACCGGAAGACGACGACGACGAGCUGGACAGGCGCUCAUUCGAAUCGCAUGACCACGACUUUCACUGGGACAGCCCUAUUCCUUCAAUUUGCGACCUGCAGAAGGCGGCGGCAGAGACGGAACUCCUUACAAGCUUCAGAAAAGUGGCUGAGAUCGAGUUCCAUGCAAUUUCUUCUACCAUCAUUCGACAUGGAGGCGGUGAGCGAAAGACGUGCGAUUUCUUCAAGAAGGAGGGAUGGGCUUGGUACGGAGGAAAUCGUAUAUUCACUGGACCGGAUCAAAAACAAUAUAUGUGGAAGAUGGGUUCGUCAAUAUCCGAGCUUUUCCUUCUCGACACCGACAUCAGUGAGGAACAUGGGAAGGCUCAUGUCCCAUUCCUAGUCGCUCGAUACCACUGCCCACGACACAGUGUUCCAUCUCACGAAAAAGAGCCGCCUUGUCUUGAAAUCUUUAAAGCUGGUGAACAUAUGACGGAGCUAAUAUUGAUCACAUUUAUCUACAUCGAAGAAAUGCGACGACAAAGACAGAAACUAUCACCAUCUGCGUCACCGACACACGAGUUCAGGUGA